AUGAAUAAUGCAGAACUUGAUGCUCAAAAAGAUCAAGUGCAGAAACUGGAAACGGAUCUUGAGAUUCUCAGAAGCGAGAUGGAGAAUGCUGGUGGUAUUGCGCUUCAGGGAAACAGUGUACAGAUGAAGCAGUUGGAGCAGCAAAAUGAAAAACUGCGUGAAGCUCUCGUGAAGAUGCGUGACAUGACUGGUCAAUCGGCGUUGGAGAAACAGGAAGCGAUGAAGGAGAAUGAAGAGCUGAAGAAUGAAAUGGCUCAGUUGGUGAAAUUGUGUGAAAAAAUGAAAAAUGACGCUGAAUUGGCUGAGCAACAGGCCAACGAACUUCGAGAGCAGGUGGAUGCAGCGAUGGGUAGUGAACAAAUGAUUGAAACGUUGACGGCAAAAAAUUUGGAUAUGGAAGAGAAAUUGAGGAGUCUUGAAGAGACAAUCGAAGACUAUGAAACGAUGCGAGAUUUGGAUGAGGAAUUAUUGGAAACACAGAACGAAGCUGAGAAGGAUUUGAAGGAUAGAUAUGAAGCAUCUUGCGUUCGAAUCAAUGAGCUUCUGUCGCAAAUCCGAGCUUGUGGAGAGCAAACAGAAGAAUACGAAAAUGUAUUGGUGAAAUUCCGUAAGAAGGUCGGUGAAUUGAACGAAGAAAUUCAAGAGCAUAAAGAUGAGAAUUUACGUUUGAAACAAGAAUUGAAAGAUUUGGAAGAGGGUAACGCUCAGCCGGGAGCGGUUAGUGCUGGUAUGGUGGCUGCGAAUCGAGAUUUUGCUGAGACGAUUGAAAGUGAAAUGAACAAACCAAAAUUGGUAUUCUAUCAAAAGUAUGGCGAAUAUUUGAAAGCAUUUCUACCGGAUAAUUUCGCGAAAGCUGGAGGCGACAACGAUGCAGUGGUUUUGAACGUGCUUUAUCCUCUUCUUUCCGAAAAGGCUUCAAUUCUUUCGGAUAUUCUAAACAAGAAGUACCCAUCAGUGCCAGGUGGUAUGCGGCGUGAGCAUGUAACAAAGGCACAUAAGGCUGAUCAGUGGGCAUUCGCCGCAAAAUUCACAUAUCUUUUGAGUGGUUUUGGUGGUAUUGUUCGAAAAUUUGGAAGUGCUGUGCAACGUUGUUCAGUGGAACGCUUAUCACGUUUAGCACAACUGCAAAUGGAGAUGACCGGUCAGGAAAGAAUGUUAGACUCAUUCUUUGGUCUCCUGAAAACGAAUCGCUUCGAUGAAAAUACUUCCACGGAAAAUCUUGAAAAGGGUAUCGCAUAUUUCCAGAAUGUCUUCUCAGUGCAUAUGGAUGGUGAAUGGUUCAAUGCGAAUCAAGCAUUCAACGAUUUCAUUUCGCAGUUUCUGUUGGGUCUUAAUUGGGUUAAAGUGAAUAUUCAACGCAUCAACUUCUUCCUUAUUCCUGGACAAGAAGAUUGUGAGUUAUCAAACUUCUUGGCGUCAUUACUAGCGAUUGUGGCUGAAUGUGAUCAGCUCUCAAUGAGAUCGCGAAAUCGCUUACCUCAAGAUAAGGAACUGAAAAUGACUGCAGAGAUUGAAAAACAGAUAGUGAUUGGCGUAAACAGUUUGAAUAAGGUGGCCAACAUACUGCAGAAUCUGUGCUCACUUGCCAGUUGUCAAGUAACAAUGCGUGAAGUGGAAGGUUUGGAGAUGGAUCGAUUGAAGGAGAUGAUGCAAGGAGCAGUUGAGAAAGAACAUGGUCAGAUCGAGACAUCGAAAGCACAAAACCUUAUCAAGAAUUAUCUGAGUACAUUACGUGGUGUUCUUGUUCAACUGGCCGAUCACUUGGAUAGAGGUACUUUCGAAGUGAACACUGCUGAGAACAAGCCAUUCCCACCGCUGUUGGAGAGAGCACAUAUUCGGAAGCAAGAUGCUGUUGAAGCUGAAGGAUUACGAUGGCAGAUCGAGAAGAAAGACAAUGAAAUUGUGGAACUGAAGAAGACUUUGCGUGCUAGAGCUGAUGAUAUAUCCAAUUAUAGGUUGCGACUUGAAAUGGCCGAUAAGAAGAUUGAAAGUUCUGGUAAGGCAGAUGAAUCACGUGUGCAACGUUUACAAGCACGUAAUGACGAACUGCAAACUGAGCUGAAAAAGUCGAGAGCAGAGUUUGAAGAAACAAUGGAUGCACUCCAACGAGAUCUGUACGCAACGGAAAAGGAGAAUGCGGAAUUGAAGGAACGUGCGAAGAAUAUGAGCAAGAAAGCAUUGCUUAUGAAUCUGAGUAAUACUCUGAAUCAACAGAAUAUUUCCUCAGUGCCAUCAACGCCCACUUCAGGAGGUGCAUCAUUCACAACACAUGCUGCAGAGAUCGCUUUUCUAGAGGCUGAAUUGUGUGAGCGACAGAAAGCUUUGAAAUGGGCUGAUACGCGAAUUAGGCAAUUGAAGGCACAGCAAACAAUGAGACUGUUGUCUGAAAUGCGUCCACUAAGUGUACCAAACGAUAUUUGUGGUCCGUUGACGCUUGCUGCAGCGCAUAGUGCUGAAAAAGAAGAAUUGGAUAAAAUAUUGAGAGAAGCCGAAUCUCUACAAACGGAAGCGCGCAAAUAUCAAAUACCGUACGUAAACGAUCCUAAGAAAUCGCGCAAAGCGAAUGCAACCGAAGAACAGUUGUAUUAUGCGAAUGCAGCACUUAUCAAUCGCCAUAUACAUGAUGAUAUUAAUACGGGACGAAUAGGAAUGGAUUCAAAUGAAUAUAAGAGUGCAUAUAACAAAUUAUUCGGUAACUUGGAGGAGGAACGUCGUAAAUUCGAAGAAAAAAGGAGUGCUAUACUAGUCAGCGCCGCAAGUUGA